CUCGCAGGCCUUCACGGGAGCGCGCAUCCGUGUCGUGCGCGCGCAGACACGCUUUACUACAAGCAGGCACGAAAAUUCCACAGAAGAAAUCCGAGAUUGUGUUCCAGCGAAAUCAGGAAACAACCCCGGCGAAUUGGCUCAAAGUGGAUAAGAAACGAGGCCACUCCUAGACGGGAAGAGCGAACGUCCGGACGUCGGGAAAAUGGACUAAAGUCGCACCCGGGGGAGUCCGCAGAUGGAGGCGGUGAGAAGUUUGCUGUUGCUCGGGGCCGUGCUGCUCCGAGGGUCCGGCUCGCUGGCCAGGGAAGUGUGCCUUGGUACGGACAUGAAGCUGGCCCUGCCUUCGAGCCUGGAUAAACAAUACGAGACCUUGAGGCUACUUUAUACCGGAUGCCAGGUCGUCCACGGCAACCUGGAGAUUACGCACCUUCACGGAGACCUGGAUCUCGCCUUCCUUCAGGGGAUUGUGGAGGUGCAAGGCUAUGUGCUAGUGGCUUAUGUCUCGGUGAGCCUAGUGCCUUUGGACAACCUCCGGAUUAUCCGAGGCAGCCAACUGUACAAUUCCAGCUAUGCUCUGGUGGUGCAGGAUAACACUCGGGGCGAAAAGGUUGGACUCAGGACACUUCGUCUUCGCAGCCUCACAGAGAUCCUGUUGGGCGGGGUCUAUAUUUGGGGGAACACCCAGCUUUGCUUCCCCGACCCCCAGAACAUUGUGUGGAGGGACACCUUGGAUGAGCAGAACAUCCACGCCGGCCCACACCGACUGCAGCCCAGGGCGUCCAACUGUUCAAGUUGCUCACCUGCAUGCAAAAACAGCUGUUGGGGAGAAACUGCACAGGAUUGCCAAACCUUGACUCGUAUCAGUUGUGCGUCAGGCUGCCAGCGGUGUAAAGGCCCUCUGCCUAAUGACUGCUGUCACAUGCAGUGCGCCGCCGGAUGCACGGGACCCAAAGACUCGGACUGUCUGGCGUGCCGACAUUUCAACGACAGCGGCGUUUGUAAGGACAAUUGUCCUCCACCCACCAUCUACGACCCGGUCACCUUUCAGACCAAACUCAACCCGGACAAAAAAUUCAACUUCGGAGCCACCUGCGUCAAGACGUGUCCAUAUAACUACCUAGCUAUGGAUGUAGCCUGCACUUUGGUUUGCCCCAAAGCCAACCAGGAAGUCAUCAUCUCCAAUCCCGAUGGGAACGAGACGCAAAAAUGUGAAAAGUGUGAAGGAGAGUGUCCAAAAGUGUGUUAUGGCCUGGGUAUGGACAACCUUGGCGUCAUGGACAACAAUGGUGUCACCAUGGUAACCUCUUCUAAUGUGGAGCAGUUCAGUGCUUGUAAGAAGAUUUUUGGAAGUUUGGCCUUCCUCCCUCAGAGCUUUAUUUGGGACCCAGUGACCAACACAUCCGGCCUUACUCUCGAGCAGCUGAGUGCCUUCAGGAACCUGGAGGAGAUUACAGGUUAUUUGUACAUUGAUGCCUGGCCAGAAGACUGGACUGACCUGUCUUUGUUUGAGAACCUGAAGGUGAUCCGAGGCAGGAUGCUCUACAAGGGUGUAUUUUCCCUGGCCGUUCAGAACCUACACAUUCAGUCUCUCGGGCUGCGUUCGCUGCGCAGCAUCAGCGGAGGUUUGAUCCUGUUGCACAACAACUCUCAGCUGUGCUACACCAAUUCAUUGCCCUGGAGCAGCCUCCUCCACCCCACCCAAGGGCCCCACUACAUAGUGAACAACAACCAAGACCCCCAACUCUGUGAGGCAGAGGGGCGUGUUUGUCACCCGCUGUGUAAGGACGGCUGUUGGGGGCCGGGGCCCAGCCAGUGUGUGUCAUGCAAGACUUUCCGACGUGGCACCGAGUGUGUUGAGCAGUGUGACCUUCAUGAGGGGCCUGCACGGGAAUACAUUGAUGGAUCCUCGUGUGUCGCCUGUCAUGCCGAGUGUCGGCCUCUCAAUGGCUCGCUCACAUGUCAUGGCCGGGGUGCGGACCAGUGCACCGAAUGUCAGAACUUCCAGGACGGCGAGUCGUGUGUGGAGCAUUGCCCCAGCGGUGUGAAGGAGGACCAGCACACCGUGUGGAAGUACAGCAAUGCCACAGGACACUGUCUGCCCUGCAACACCAACUGCACGCUGUCCUGCACUCAGAUGGAUGAGAGAGGCUGCCCAAUCCAUCCCAAGACAGGACCGGGCACGACUAUUGCAGCUGCGGUGGGUGGUGUGGUGCUCUUCUUCAUCCUCCUCGCUCUGCUUGUCUUCUACUUGAGGAGACAGAAAAAGCUGAAAAAGAAGGAGACCCUGAGGAGGAUCCUGCAGGAGCACGAGCUGGUGGAACCUUUGACACCAAGUGGGGCCUCACCCAAUCAGGCUCAGAUGCGCAUCCUGAAGGAAACGGAGUUAAAAAAGCUCAGAGUGCUUGGCGCUGGAGCUUUUGGUACCGUUUACAAGGGAGUGUGGACUCCCGAUGGGGAAAACGUUAAGAUUCCGGUGGCCAUCAAGGUUUUGCGGGAGAACACCUCGCCAAAAGCCAAUAAAGAGAUCCUUGAUGAGGCGUAUGUGAUGGCAGGGGUGGCCAGUCCCUACGUGUGUCGCCUGCUGGGCAUUUGUUUGACUUCCACGGUGCAGCUGGUCACUCAGCUCAUGCCGUACGGCUGCCUCCUCGACUAUGUCCGGGAGAACAAGGAUCGCAUCGGCUCCCAGUUCCUCCUCAACUGGUGUGUCCAGAUUGCCAAGGGGAUGAACUAUCUCGAGGAGGUGCGCCUCGUCCACAGAGAUUUGGCUGCCCGCAACGUUCUGGUGAAGAACCCGAACCACGUGAAGAUCACAGACUUCGGCUUGGCACGCUUGCUCGAUAUUGACGAGACCGAAUAUCACGCCGAUGGGGGGAAGGUUCCGAUUAAAUGGAUGGCACUGGAGUCUAUCCUGCACAGGAAGUUUACACAUCAGAGUGACGUUUGGAGCUAUGGGGUGACCGUGUGGGAGCUGAUGACAUUCGGCGCCAAACCGUACGACAUGAUCCCGGCCAGAGAAAUCCCAGAUGUUCUGGAAGGCGGGGAGCGCCUCCCGCAACCCCUCAUUUGCACCAUCGACGUCUACAUGAUCAUGGUCAAAUGUUGGAUGAUCGACCCAGACAGCCGACCCAGAUUUAAAGAUCUGGUGAGUGAUUUUUCCGCCAUGGCCAGGGACCCACCUCGCUAUGUAGUCAUUCAGAACGACGAGCAGAUGAGCAUGUCCAGCCCGGUGGACAGUCAGUUCUUCCGAAUGCUUCUGGAGGAGGACGGGAACAACAUGAGGGAACUGCUGGAUGCCGAGAAGUAUCUGGUGCCUCAACCCAACCUCUAUCCCAGGCCUCAGGGAGACGGGGCGCAGUCAAACGGGCCGUCCAGGCAUCAGUCAUACAGGAGCAGAGAUCAGGGCUUAGAAGUUGAGCCCCCCAUGGCUGCAGCAGCCCCUCGUAGCAUGUACUCCUCGCUCAGCACUCUGGGACGCAGCCAGUACCCCACCUUACCAGUAGGAACCGGCCCCUCCAACGGUACGUGGACCCCUCAUUACCCCACGCUGGCACGCAGCCCCUCCGCCGGCGGCCAGUCCGACUCGGUCUUCCUGGACGGACCCCCGGACGACCCCUCGCUGCCCCCGGCCAGCCCCGGGCGCUACUGCAAGGACCCCACCUACGGGAGCCAGGGCGAACUGGAGACGGACGGCCCCAACGGGUUCCUUCCUCCUCCUCAUCUUCAUCACUCGCUGCCCAGGAGAAGUCACGGCUAUAAUCGCAACCACGCCUUGCCAGAGUACGUCAAUCAGGAGGUCCACGAGGCCAGACCGGAGCGGCCCACCACGCUUCCUCGGAAAAUCUCCAAAGUGGACAGACGCCUGCCGAACGGCUUGAGUUCAGGCCACAGUGUGGAGAACCCCAGGUACUUGGUCCCCUCCACCUCACCUGCCUUUGACAACCCGUACUACCUGGACCUCGUGGCCAAAGCAAAAGCGGUCGCCGGGGCGACGCCGGCGGACGGCCCGGCGGAACCGGAGCGGGACGUAACGCGACAAGUCAACGGAUUUGUCACUCCCACGGCCGAGAACCCGGAAUAUCUGGGCCUGGCGGACACCUGGAGUGGAUACACAUGAACCUUAAGGGAGGUAUUGGGGGGGGUGGCAGCUUGUGAAUGACAAUAUUAAUGCAGCUGGGCGUGUUUUUUUGGAUUGCGCAAGUGAGUAUCUAACCAAAUUAGAAGGUAAUGGCGCACUGUGAUUCAUCCCAUUCAUCCGGUGUUCCUGGUGACGUUUAUAUUCCUCUCAACAAGUUUACUCGGCCUAUGUAAAUAAUUCACUGUCAAACAAAAACUGAGGAUGUUUUCGUCCAAUCACAUUCGACUGGAAGAUUUUUUUUUUUUCUCUCUCCAGGGUUUUUCCUGACUGAAAUUGAACCAUAGGCGGGAUCAUUCCGUUCAGUUGUUGUCUGCGCUUUUAGGAGCGACUUCCAGCAGUUUCUGAUACGUAAUACGCCAAUUGCAGAUAAAAAAAAUAAAUAAAAUAAUGACAUUGCAUCUCCAGUUUUUAUAUGCAGGAAUACCCUGCUUUUUUGCCAAACUUUCCAGUCGCCACACACGUUUAGUAUUCCGCUCACUUUCUUGAAAAAAAAGAAGAAAAAAAAACCUGCUGGGGGUCUUCCAUGCGCUCAAAGGCAUUUUGUUGUGGUCAGAGGGGUCCCUGUGCUGCCCAUCUGGCCAGCGCGCACGCUCCCUCAAAGAAAGAGGUGCUGUAUGUUGAAGACGGCGGCAUUGUGCCGCACAGGCGUGUGUCUGCUGCUUGAUUGUGGUACCACUCAUCCAGCCAUCCAUAAAAAAAAAAAAAAAGUAAACUCUUCAGGGAUUCAUGUUGCAAAAAUUUGCUUUUGCACAAUGCACUGCUAGUUUGUGUCAUGCCCUUUGCCUCCCAUGCCUGUAUUGGCAAAAUCUCACGGCACAACAAACCAAAAUGUCUCAAAUAAACCCUUGCUGUACGUUGGGGGACCGAGCCCUGCUGCGUAUAGUGGGGGAAAAAAACCAGAGUAAUUGAUGCACCCCCUUAAAGUCCCUAUAAAGUGAAACUAAAUGUCUUCUUAAUUUUACACACUACAGAGAGGAGUGUUAUGUAUUACGUGUAUAAUAUGCUUUUUUUCCCCCCUAAAAAAUUCAUCGAAAGUCGAUUGAGUGUAUCAUACAUGGGUAUAAGCUAAAUGGGGAAAACAAAUUCACGUAGUAUAAACGUAUACCGAGUAUAACGUGUACCUCGAGUAGAAGCGACAAUGCUAAAUGUUUUGAGUAUGGAUACCAGCAAAUCGAUGGUGCGUAUUAUACAAGGGUAGAUGGAAAUUCCUGAUUUUGGGUGCGUAUGUUAUACUGUAAAGCGUAUCAUACAUGAGAAAUUACAGUAUUUAGGAACAAAUCUCUACAGGGUCCUUAAAUGUUUAUCAUUAUCUUUGUCAUUGUAACAGGUACAAUGAAAUUGAAGUAUGUCACACGAUAAUGAAAAUCCACACACUAAAUAACAAAAGAGGAUUUUGUUGUAAAUAGCCUACAUUACAAGUUUUAACCAUAAAUAUAUCAAAAAUUAUGAUCCCAAGACACCCCAAGUGUCUAAGUGAACAUGUCCCAACAAUUGGGAAGAAUCGACACGCGUGCACUUGUAUUAAACGUAGCUGGAGGGAGAAGUUGUUUUCUGUGUUUGUUGACACGUUGAAGCUGCACACGUUCACAUUGUCAGUGCAUCGCUGGAAUUCCUCACCGCGACACGACAAAACACACAUUGGCAGUUAAUCAUCAACUGCCUUUUUCUGCCCUCAUGCCAGGAGGAGGUCGAAGCCACUCACUGGAGACAUUGUCCGACCUCUGCGGCCAUGUUGACGUGGCAACCUUCUUUUUUUUUUUUUUUAUAUAAAAAAAAAUAUAUAUAUACAUUUUAAAGCAUAAUAAAACAUAUGAUGCACGUAAACUCACGAUUAAGAACUUGGAAGACAUGAAUUUACAGCGCUGCAAAGAAAUUGUGCUUAAAAAUAUUGACUACAAAUUACUACAACUACAGCAUUUUACUGAGACCCCAUUAAAAAGUGACCCACAACCCGUUUUCUACAAUCAGGUUGCGGAAUUACAAUCGGAUGCCGUGUACCACUGCUAACUUUCAACGUUUUAAAAAUGUAACCUCGGUGAAAUUAGUUUAUUUAUUUUUUAACGAACAAUUAGAACGCUUUAAAAAUCCUUUAAAAAAUAAAUAAAUACAAAUUAUACCAGUGAGCUGUUUCUGUAUAAUUCCGCUGACAAAGGCAGCUUUUCACAGUGACAAGCUGUUUUGAACUUUUGUUUUGGUUUUGAAACACUUUAUUAUUCUUAUACUAACAUUAUUUUCGAGUGAUAGCAUAUAAAAGCUAUUUUGUAUUAUUUGCCUUUUAGUCCAAAAACAAAACAAAGAAAAUCUUAAUUGGAAGUUAUUUUGCCUUUUUCACUCAGCAAAUAAUAAUAAUAAUAAUUGAAAUAAUAUAAUCCAAUUUGUGUACAAUUUCACUUAAUGUAAAUACUGUAUGUAAUGUGAAUAUUUUGUGAUCAGUCUACUGUGGAGAAACAAAUGUAAGCACAUACAAUACUUUAUGAAGAAAACAGUCAGUUGUACAUGGAUUUGUUUGCAUAUUGUGUGUUUUUAAGGAAUUAAAAAAUGGAAACAUGUUUUCUUCA